AUGUUUUUGAUUUCUUUUCUAUCCUCACUUGCAUUAAGCACUAACGUGUGCUUAUACAAAUCUCACAAAGACUUAUGCAACGAAUCUCACAUACCUAUUUCUUUCGAAGAGCUUUCUUCAAAAUUUAUUGAAUCAUUAGUACCGAAAAACGAUACGACUCUUAAUGUUUACGUAGUAGAAAACCACUCAGCUAAAUAUGAAAUACCAAUUAAUAAUAUCAAAGCCCGUCGUUUGGCCUUCUAUUCGUCUAAACAGUAUACUGAAAUCUACAUUAACUUCGAUCUUUGCGGAAACACAACAUUCUAUGCCAUCACAGACUUUAGUGUCAAAGGAAUUACAGCUGAUAUCAAAGUUCCAUUGAUUGAGUUCAAAGAUUGUAUUUUCCCUGAUGCGAAAGAUCCUAUCGGAAUUCACGCCCAGAAUUUGGGAAUUGAUAUUCCAACCUCUCAAGCAUUCGCGUUUGUUAAUGCAUCAAACAAAAUUGAAUUUUUCUUCCGUGAUAUACAACAACUGAACCAAUCUCACUACCUCAGAAUGUACUGCACGAAAUCUUCGAGAAACUUCAUCAAAAUGAGUAUGAUGGAAAACGAAACUUCAGUUAAUUUACUUGGAGACGACAUUUACUUCAUGAAAGUUAACAAUUCUGAUAUCAAAUACCAUAUAAUUUGUAUGAAUGAUAUCCCAUCGUUCCAUAUCUAUACAAAAGAUGGUAUUCACCUUUAUAUGAACUGUUACGCUCGUGGACCUCAUUACCAUAACAUCGGAUUCACAGUAUUCCUAGAUAAGAGCACCAUCAUAUUCCCCAAGUCCCUUUGGCCCGAAACAACAACCGAAAUUAUUAAUAUUUACAGACUUGGACCGGGAACAAUCAUUCUCUCACAGUACAGACUUCCAGCCCGUAUCAGAUAUUCACCCAACCCCUUAACAUUGAUUGCAAAUGCUAGUGUCUGCGGAAUAUUCAACUCAUUGUACUCAGUUGGCGACAGUAUUACAGUUAAAGCGUUAGAUCCGAACAUGAAAUGCACAAUGGUCAUUGAAAAACUCGUCAGUUCAAGGUCAAAUACCACAAUUCAUAACGAAUCUCCAAAUCUCGAGUUUUUCAUACGAUCAAUUGACACUCCAGCUGGUUUACACCAUAAUUUCCUUGGUGCCGGUACAUAUUGCCUUAAGAGAUUCCCCGAUCAAAAGGUUUAUUUGCACUUUUCGGAAUUGAGAAUACAGAGAGAGCAGUUUGUCUACUUCCCAUUCGACUUAAAUGGCUCUGCUCUCAUUACUGUUGAAAGAUCAGUGUCAAUGACCAAGGGAACUUUCAUUCCUUACCUUAAUAACGGAGAAAUCGAAACUGCUGCUGAUAUUGAGGCACAUUAUGGAACAAUAUAUGAAUUCAUGUGCGCUCCGAACCUCAAUGCUGACCAUUUCGAUAUACAAUUCGAUUCAUAUAAUAUUAACCGUGGUUUUUCACGCGGUGUGUCAGUUUUCGAGAAGGUUUCAUAUGAGAAAGGUAGUGAUAAGUGCGUUGGCAUGAAAAUGUCCAAGUAUUACUCUAAUAUCUCAUAUCAAUUUUGUAUUAACCCCAAGAACAAGAAAUUUGUCUGCGAUGACGAAGUUAUCUCCAUCACAGAUCCCAAGCAAUCCCAAGAAUGGCAGAAAUAUGCAGGAGCUGACGUUCCUUUGUUAGAAUUUAAAGUUAUAGAUGAAAUGGUCGAUUCCGACAACAAGCCAAUGGUUUACGACUUCUCAAAAUUCACUGCUCCUGAUCUUGCCUUGAUUUUCACCUCAAAUUCACAAAAUUAUAUAAGAAUUUUGCUGGAUAGCAAGGUUUUAUCACGUGGAUUGCAGUAUGCAUCAUUUGCUGGUGUCGAAGUUACAGUUGAUAAAGAUUGGAACCAUCAAAUCAACACAUCUCUUUUUAUGAGAGAUUCCAAGUUGACAACUGACGCUGCUUACACGAUUAUGGAUGGACCUUUUGAAGUAACAGCUGAUGAAUCAUCUUAUGCUACUCUAAAAACAAUUUUCCCUUCAAAUUUGAAUUUGAAUACAGAUGCAUUCAAGCAAGCAACAUAUUCCAUCAACAAGAUCAGUAUGUCGUGUCCGGACUGCCAGAAUAUAUCCAUUCCAAUCGUUAAAAGAAAGCCUUCAGUUUCAUUCAGGAUUACUGACGAUUUUACGGUCGUUAAUGAAGACAGUACUCAGACAAACUCAGCUUCAUUGGUUAUAGACUCAUUUGGAUCAAAUACCCUUUCAAUUAAAGGCAAAUUUGAUCCUGAAUCUCAUAACAUCGAAAUUGGUCAGUUUGAAGAUGGUAUUAUUCAAACCGAUGAUGAUCUUAUUCCUGUUACAUCCAAUUCUACAGGAUUUACUGCGAAAUCAAGCUCAAAUACGAUGAAUUUCCCAGGAUAUUUGAAUUUGAACAACAAAGUUGCAUUUUUACCAAAGACAUCAGAAGGUAUUGUCUCUAUUGGUGAAGCUUCUUUCGGUCCGAAGACAAAUAUCAAUGAAUCUACUUUCAAAUCUUAUUCAAUCAAAAAAGUGAACUUCCUCGGGCCAAAUUUUCAUAAACAUAACCGUAUGCACGUUUCCAAGAGCUUCAUAAUGGAAAUGGGCGGAAGUGCACGAAUUGAUGAAUUUUCAUACGACGAAGGUGCCGAAUUCAACCUCACAUGGGUACCAGGAUUCUUACCAUACGCAGUUUUGGACAUGCCGAACACCCUAUCCCAGACAAAGGCGAAAUUGAAUCUGAUAUUAACUGAUUACUUCAAUGAUUUCCACACAAUGAACGAAUCAGUGAAGUACUUCAACAAUGUCAGUCUCGAAAUUGUCUGCGGAAAGAACUUAGCUUGUGAAUACUGGGAUCGCAAAUUUAUUGUUCCAGGAAAGGCGAAUCAGACAAUUCCAUUCGAGUUCCAAUGCAAGAAAUCAUUUAAUGAUAGAACUUGCAUCAUGAUCCACGCUGCAUAUGUUGAUAAUUCUCAUAAGAGCAAACUUUCUAAGACAGCAAUAAUUCUUAUUGCAACGUUCUCAUCCCUUGCAGGAAUAGCACUGAUUGUCUUCCUUUCUGUCUACCUCACCAUCUGCAUAAAGAAGAAACAGGUAGCAAAGAAGGAUACACUCACAAACGCCCUGCUCGGAGGACAAGACGUAUAA